GGGAGAGCCGGAGCGCCGGCGGCGGCGACGGCAGCGGCGGCUUAGCAGGCUCAGUGCGUGGGUCCGCGGCGGCUCGGGGUCCGCCCGCGGGCUGCGGUGCGAGCGGGCGGCGCGGCUGCCCUCCUCCCCCGCCCGCCGCCGCCGCUGUGAUUGGGUGGAAGAUGGCGCUGGGCGGAUGGAAAUCCUAAUGACAGUCUCCAAAUUCGCCUCCAUCUGUACCAUGGGCGCCAAUGCCUCGGCAUUAGAGAAAGAGAUUGGUCCAGAGCAGUUUCCAGUCAACGAGCACUAUUUUGGAUUAGUCAAUUUUGGGAAUACCUGCUACUGCAACUCGGUUCUUCAGGCACUGUACUUCUGUCGUCCGUUUCGGGAGAAAGUCCUAGCGUACAAGAGCCAGCCCAGGAAGAAGGAGAGCCUCCUCACGUGCUUGGCGGACCUCUUCCACAGCAUAGCCACUCAGAAGAAGAAGGUGGGGGUCAUACCUCCUAAGAAGUUCAUAACAAGAUUACGGAAAGAAAAUGAGCUUUUUGACAACUACAUGCAGCAAGAUGCCCACGAAUUCCUAAAUUACCUGCUAAAUACAAUUGCUGAUAUUUUACAAGAAGAGAGGAAGCAGGAAAAACAAAAUGGUCGUUUGCCCAACGGAAACAUCGACAGUGAGAACAACAGCACAGCGGACCCCACGUGGGUCCACGAGAUUUUUCAGGGAACAUUAACUAACGAAACCAGGUGUCUUACUUGUGAAACUAUAAGCAGCAAAGAUGAAGAUUUUUUAGACCUUUCUGUUGACGUGGAACAAAACACAUCCAUUACUCACUGCUUAAGAGGUUUCAGCAACACAGAAACUCUCUGCAGUGAAUACAAAUAUUACUGUGAAGAAUGUCGCAGCAAACAGGAAGCACACAAACGGAUGAAAGUUAAAAAGCUGCCCAUGAUUUUAGCUCUGCAUCUGAAAAGAUUUAAAUACAUGGAUCAACUUCAUCGAUACACAAAACUUUCUUACCGAGUAGUUUUUCCUUUAGAACUUCGUCUAUUUAAUACUUCAGGCGACGCAACCAAUCCUGACAGAAUGUACGACCUCGUUGCCGUCGUGGUUCACUGUGGAAGUGGUCCCAAUCGAGGCCAUUAUAUUGCAAUAGUUAAGAGUCAUGACUUCUGGUUAUUGUUUGAUGACGACAUUGUAGAAAAAAUAGAUGCACAAGCUAUUGAAGAAUUCUACGGGUUGACCUCAGAUAUCUCAAAGAACUCUGAGUCUGGCUACAUCCUUUUCUACCAGUCCCGGGACUGAGGGAACCGUGACGGAGAGAGACUUUCUGCCUCAUUUCUUCUCUGGUUGUUUGGGAAAGGAUCAAGCACUGAUUUUUCACGCAAAGAGAAAUGCAGGAAGCUCAGGGGGCAGUGGCACACUUUGCACACAAUAAAGCAAAGGCUGUGGCUUGGCAGGCUCUUCCUAUCACGGUAGUUGAUUGAUUUGCUCAGGUAUCUUGCUGUCUGCGCAGUUCCAUGCAACAAGGAAGCGAAAUCAGAGAUACCAGCUCCUCUUGUAAAACAGCCUUCCAGUAAUUGACAUGCAUUUUCUCUUCCUUAAUUGCACCAAUACUGAUCGAACUCCUUGGGGUGCCGCGGAAAGAGCAGGAGUCUGUGCGAGGUUGAACGGAUGAUUGCGGGAGGUGACACUGAACACUUGGCUCGUGUUUGCCUGGGUUGAACACGGAGAGGAGGAGUUUCAGGUGGUCAUUUCAAGCGUAAACCACAAACACUUUUGGGCCCAACACUUGCAGUUGCCCUUCCUGAUGUAAAGAAGCUAACAGGUAUUAGAAUCCAGUGUCAGGAAGACAAAUACGUUUGCUUCUCUGAAGAAGCUUAUAAUAAUAUACAGUGUAUGUAUAUCUAGGGAACAAUUGGUCAAAAGUGGCUUUUUGUUUCCCCAAGGGGAAAGACUGGCUUUGUAAUUACAAUUUUUUUCCUUAUUUAUUUUACUUAAAACUGGUAGAGUCUAAGUAUUGUAUGAAGUGCCCACGAUUCUGUCAGUAAGUUUGAGCAUAUUUUUAUUAGUUUUGUCAGUUUAACUAAUCCUUUUGUUUGUUUCUAUUUUUAAGGUGAAUUUUAAACUCUAUUUUAAAUUGUAAGUUACUUUAAGAAAACUUGCAGUGAGAGGAGGUAAAUAUUCUUUUUCAGGAGGAACUGAUAUCUCUGGCUAAAUAUUUGUCCUAGUUGUCAGUCAGUCAUUUUAUUCUGCUUUAAUUUCAGUAAAAUAAACAACUAUCAGAAAUCUCCUGUAGCCGUGGGAGCGAUCAGAGGAGCCCUGGCGCGGGGCUGGCGGGCGGGCCUUGAGGGUUCUUAAACACUCUUUCAGGUUGAGGCCACGUCCUGAAAAUCGCUGUCAGAGCAGUUAGGUUGUUUCCGUGUGUUCUCUACCCUGGAAGGCAGUGAGCCCUCCUAACCCCAGCGCCGGCGGAGCUAGCAGACCCCGUGAGGAGGACAUUCUGACGAGGCUGACCAGGAGGACUGUGAAAGCAAGUCCUUGUUCUCCCUCCCACCUUUACAAAUCUUACCGGAAGGGUGCUCAGAAGUUCAACUUUGUGUUUGCAAAGCCUUCAUUCUGUUGGGGGUUUGAGGAAGUAAUAUACGUGAUGUAAAAUGUCUGUCAGCCAUUGCAGUUGACCCUUUCCAUGCAUCAGUAAGUUGCCUGACAGUGGCCGAGUGUAACUUGCAGAAAAUAAUUGAAUAUAUCGUCAAAAGAAUAGCAGUCAGGUCUUCGAUGUUCUUUAUCCAAGUCUUUUCAGGCAGUAAUCUUUUUUUCAAAUUGCUGUAAUUUUCUAAACUUAUUUUACUAAUACUGUUGAAUCUCAGAAACAAACAACAAAAAAGAAUGUUUUGUCUGCUGCUAUUAUUAACAUUUAUUAUCUGUAUCUUUUAGCUCAGGAAAUGACUUCACCUAUUCGUUCCGUGAAUAGAUCUUCAACAGGGUCACUUAGCUAAUUGGGCUGUCUAAACAGAUGUGCCGGGAGAAAAAUAUGAUGUAUUUUGACAGAUUGCUUUUUAAGAUACAGUUUCUAAAGCCUUACCCUGGCUGGACUGGUUUUGUACAAACCACGUGGCCCACCAGAUAUACCAACAUUACACACAGAAUCACAGCCAAGAGUGUGGGCAAGGUCAUAGCUGCAGAGAUGGAUGCAUUUUUUAUUUUGAGGGCUUAAAAUUGCUUUGGAAUUGGAAGCUUUGUUUCAGUACAGAGGUGAGGAGUACGGGAAGCUGAACCAGUUUUCACUUGCACUGGGGCUGCAGCACGUGUGAGAAAGAUAGAUGAAGUCAUUUGCAUAAAGGUACAGCAUUGGGAUACUGUGCUGUUUGUUUUUACAUUUCACAUUAAAAAUAUAUAUACAGUAAAGUAAAAUCCAAGGUUAAAUUUCCUAUUAAAGCAAGUUAUAGCAUUUUUACUGAGUUCCAUGGUAGUCGCACACUGUUCAUACCUACACCUUGUUUAACAGUCUGACCUGUCGGGGGAGGGGCUCUGGGGUGAUGGUUCCCAAUUUACUUUUUACUCUUGGUGCAGCUGCAUCUACGUAAAAUGUUUUGAAGUUUAUCAGAAACUCAGUAUACUUUAAAAAUAUAUAGGGUUAGGGUUGGGGGGGGGUGUAGAUACAGUAAGGAAGGCAAGUGGCCCACAGAGAGCGCGCCGCGAGGCUGUGUGGAGGUUGACUGCCGGGAAGGAGGGGCGGGUCUCGUUGUGCAUGGUGGCUGAGUGCUGUCUAGCGGUGUACAUGUUUGUUGGGAUGGCUGUCCCAUAUUUUGUAUAUUGGAAGAAAAAUUUCUAUAAAUUAUCAUAACUGAAAGUAAAUAUUCUAAAUUAAGUCUCGCUUCUAAGUCACACGGCUUCUGUCUUGGAAACUUGAGAAGAUUGCUCAAGACAGGAGCCGUGAGACUUUAGGCAAAGGGAAGGGGGUGUGUAAUAUAUGGGUCUUGUUGCCUCUAACCAUCAGUGUAGGGUGUUUUCUUUCCUUGACGGCAGUAGGAAGACCUCACCUUCAUAACAUACUACUCGUGAUACUUCCUUUGAAGAUACUUUUCAUUAAAGAUUCUCUCAUGAGGUGUUUACCUGGGAGCUGGGAGGCUAAAGCACUCAGGUCCUGGCUCUUCAGUGAAUUUAGCCUGUGUGCCCUUGGGCAAGUCACUUACCCUCUCUGUGCUUCAGUCUCCCAAUCUUGUAAAAUGGGAGUAACACCUACCUCACAGGGUUGUUGUGGGGAUUAAUUAGAUAUAAUGUCUGUAAAGCAUCUAAGGUUCUUGAAGAAGGCGCUAUAUAAAUACAAAAUAAUAUCUAUUAAAGUUGGUUUAUUUGUG